AAACCCUCACCAUCUUCAGCACUUCAUUUCCAUUUUCCUUACUGUUUCACUGAAGCUUCAAUUUCCUUGCCAAAUUAUGGUGUGGGGUCUGUUCCCCGUUGAUUUUCUUUCAGGAGAAGAUAAAUACUAUAUUUUCAGGAAGGGAACGUAUAAAGUGGGUCGAAAAGGUUGUGAUGUUAUCAUUAGUAAAGACAAAGGCGUCUCUCGAAUCCAUGCUGAGAUAAUUGUGGAAGAAAUGAUAUCCUUGAAUCCGCUAGAGAGUAAUCCUUCUCUUGUAUCAUCCAAAGUCCAAAUUAAAGAUUGCUCAAAAUAUGGGACAUUUGUUAACAAAAACCUUGGACUGAAGGCAAAAGUACAUGAGUUGCCAAAUAAAGAAGCAACUCUAAAAGAUGGAGACCUGGUUUCAUUUGGUACUGGUAAUGCAAACUACAGGUUCUGCUAUGUACCUUUUGUAUUCUAUAUCUGCUGCUCUGAGCCCUUUCAGGUGAAUCAUCCCAUUCAGGAUAAAGUUUCAUCAAUUGGUGCUUCUGUUACUCCUGUUUUUGGUCAAGAGUGCACACAUGUGCUGGUUGAUCGCAAUAUUCCAGUAAAAGAUGAUCUACUUGAUGCUAUUGUGGCAAAGAAGCCUUUUGCUCUCUGUAGUUGGCUUGAGUUUAUGGCAGAAAAAAGCAUUUGCACUGAAAUUCCUAGCUGCAACUCCUAUGUUCCAACAUUGUUUGUUGAAGGAAAGCCUGUUGAAAUUGUGGAGCCAAAAGCUCGUGAAAGCUGUCUUGAAGGAUACACCUUUUUGUUGGAACAAACAGACAUGUAUAACUUUGGAGAGAGACUGCAAGCCCUACUAGAAGUAACCGGUGCAAAUUGUAUCUCUGCUGAAAGCUUUAAUCCAAAUAGCCAAGUUCUCAAUGCUGCUUCAGACUAUGGAGACAAUACUCGUCUUUUAUGUGUCAUCCCUCGAGGAUCAAUGGAUAAGUUUGAUCGCUUCAAUAAGCACAGUUUAUUAUCUAGAGUCAAUGAAAUGGAACUAGUAUGUGCUGCUUUAUCUGGACAACUAGAUGAAUCAAUAUUGAUGCCACCAUCUGUAGUUGUUUCUUCUUCAUGCUCCUCAGACGAGACAGUGGUAGCUGACUCUGAGGAAGAAGGUGAAGCAAUCACCUCAAUUCAUAAAACUGCUGCUUCGGUUCAUACAGCUGGUGAGGCGAACAAUGAAGUAGCCCUGGAUUAUGUAAAAAAAGUGGAAAUCUCAGUAGAAUCCCCUAACAAUGAGAGCAAAGAGAAAAUAACCAUGUCUUAUGAUGCCACUAAGGUGGAGGAACACCAUGUUGUGAGCUUUGAGGGUGGUUUGACUGCUAGAAGGCAAAAGGUUGAUGAGUCUGAAUGUGGAAAUUCUGAUGUUAUUUACAGCCAAGAUUUAGUUAUAAGAGAUUCAUGUUUACCUUCCACCAUUACCUGCACAACAGACCAUAUUAGAGGUCCGAAUUUCAAGCGCUUUCGAAAGACCAACAUUCAGUCAGGGAAUAGCUUCAACAAUCUCGUUCCAUUUUCAAAGUAUCCUUACAAAGAUUCUGAUCUUGAUAGUGAGGAAAUGGUCAAGUCUCUGGAGGAAGAGAAGAAGCGAAAAAAGGCGGAAGCUGUUGCAGAAGAUUUAUUUAGCAACAGAAAGGCAGGAAGGCAGGGUAUUUUUGGUUCUCUCCAGGGACUUCUUUCUCGAGGUUAAUACGGUGAACCACUUGUACCAGAACAGUUUUACUUGCUUUGAUAUUUGCUUGCUAGUGCUGUAUCCUCGUUUGUGUUUAAUACAUCAUCUAGACUGAUAACCUGAGUCGUAUUUUACCCAUUAUUGUCAAAAUU